AUCCUCCCCCAGCGCUGCAUCUCCCUGCCUCAGGCACUGGGCUGGCAAGCUGGCUUAGGGGCAGGUUCAGGGGCACCAGGCCGGCUGCUCCUGCUGUGUCUCCCCUGGCCUCUCCCUGCCACGCUCGGGCCCUGCCCCAUGGAUGUCCGGGCACUGAGCGCUGUCUCCGGCUGGUUUCCUUUUUGCAGGCAACCGUGGCACUCUGGAAGAUCCUCCAUCUGCUCUGCUGCACACGGGCAGUGAGGGAGUGUUUCCCCAACCUCUUUGUGCAUCUGCUCUUCCAAGUGUUCUUCAGCACAGUGCAGAUGCCGGAGGAGGUUGACACCCUGUGGAGGGAGUGCCGGAAGCAACACAGCCUUCCCACCAAGCCCAACAGGUUUGCAGUGCUGACCCUCAAAGCCCUGCUGCACCGUCUGCGCUGCGAGAGCGUGGUGGUGGCACUGGAGCGCAAGUGUGGCUGGGACACGCUCCUCAACGCCGACACCCACCACUACGCAGUGGGUCUGCUGGCCAGGGAGAUGGGCUCUUUCUGCACCCCCUGGUGUUGCAGCAUUGUGUGCUGCCUCCUGGAGCUGCUCAGCGAGGAGAUGUGUCCCUGGGAGCUCCCUGCCAUGGUGUUCCUUGUGGAGGCCCUGGUCUACCUGGACGUGAGGGAGUGCGGCGAAAGCGUCCUGCAGAUCCUUUCAAGGCACCUGUGGAGCGAGUGCCCAGAGAUGCGCCGCCAAGUGCUGAGGGGCCUGGUGGUGCUCAGCCAGGAUGCCGUGACGGCCAAAAGAAUGGGCAGCCUGACUGAAAGCCUCGUGCAGCUCCUGUGGGACGCAGAUGGAGAGCUGGUCCAGAGGACUGUCAGCGUCCUCGGCUUUCUGCUCUCCAAUAAAGACAUCCAGCUCUCCAGCCCCACCGCCCUGCAGCUGGCUGAGGCGCUGCAGCCGCUCUUCGACAACGCUGACAGCAGUGUGCAACUGUCCUCCAUCCUCCUCUUCCGUGGGGUGAUGGUGACAGGGGAGAAAGAGGGAAAAAAGGCCCUGAAGCCACACGUGCGCCAGAGCCUGCUUCCACUCUUCUUCCACUGCCACGAUGAGAACCACAGAGUGGCAGAGGCCUCUGGGGAAGCGCUGCUUUGUGUGGCCAGCUUCCUGAAGAGAAAGGACCUGCAGAAGAUUGUGAAGAGGAAGGAGCUGUGGAUGUUCAGCGAGUGCCUGCUGCAAAAGGAGCGGAGUCGAGCGGCCGAGUACCUGCGCCAGGCUUUGCCGUACCUGGAGAGCCCACAGGAGCCCCUGCGAGAGGCGGCCAUCAGGUUCAUUGGGAUGGCCGGGAGGUACCUGCGGGGACAGCCCGAAGAGCUGCAGGACAUCAUCGAGAUUCUUCAGGGUCUGAGGAACGACACCAGCCCCGCCAUCUCAAGCCUGGCGCUUCAGAGCUACCGUGUGCUCGAAGCUGCUCAGAGAGCUGCAUCCCCCCAGGUGCAGCAGCCGCCAGACUGGCUGUGCGGGGCCUGCACGAGCUGUCCUGCUCUGCGGGGCAGUUUCUGGCUGUGCUGCCUGAGCUCUGGGGAGGCUUGAUGUGGGAAGCGGUGUCUGCUGGGGCCACGUGAGCCUGCGAGGAAGACCCCUGCUGUGGAAGCACUUCCCUCUAGUCCAGCAUAGGAAUAUAAAAUUCCUCUUGCCACACA